CAUUUGAUGAAAAAAGACAACAUAAGCGGAACGUUUCUGUCUCGUGGAAGGAAAUCGCAACGGGACUUGACACGGACUCAAAAGAAGGUGGGACCGGCUGGCCGCGUGUGAGACGCUGAAUUUCAAGUUACCACCGCCGGAGAAGAAAUUGGAGAGAGGCACUCAGACAGCAGCCACGCGUGGAGAAAUGCGGCGUCUGUUUGUGGGCGGCCUGAGUCACACCGUCACCCAGAAGGAGCUGAAGGAUCGCUUCGGGAAGUUUGGAGACGUGGUGGACGUGGAGCUGCGGACCAGGAGAGACGAGGAAGGAGUUCCUUACAAAACAUUCGGCUACAUCAACAUCAGCAUUUCAGAUGCAGACUUGAAAAGAUGCUUGACGGUGCUAAACAAGUCCAAAUGGAAAGGAGGAACUCUGCAGAUUGAAACAGCCAAGGAGAGUUUCCUGCACAGACUGGCUCAGGAGCAGCAGGCGGUGGCAAACCAGGAUCUCCAGCAGGCUGCAGCAGAUGACAGAAGGCAAAACCUGCUGGACUCUCUUAGCAAAGCUGGCAUCGACAACUUUACUAUGAAGGCUGCAGUGCCAGGGACCGAAGUCCCAGGACAUAAGGACUGGGUGGUCAGUAAAUUUGGUCGCGUCCUCCCUGUCCUGCAGCUCAGGUGUCAGAAAGGCAACAAAGCUCGAGUAAUGAAGUAUGACCCUUCAAAAUACAGCCAUAACAUCCGCAAGCUGGACCGGUGCGCAGACGAUCAGUCCACACCUGUCAGCCAGCUCACCUGGGAGCUAGAUGGAGGGGAUGAUGACAUCAGCAGGAAGAGGCGGGGGGAGUUCCCUUCCUACAAGCCAAGAAGGGCCAAGAAGAGUCGACCACAUGGCAUCAACAUCUGUAAAGCUCUGGACAGAAAGAGAUUGGAGCAGAACAAUUCCUCUGAGGAUGACAUGGAAUCCAAGCAGUUCUCCGUUGGACCAACCAGGACCAAGGCACAGCUUUCCCCUGACAGUGAUGUGGACUCGGAUGAGGACAUUUGCCGGCUGAUGGCAGCUCAGGAUAGUUCCCAUAAUGCACUGCACCAGGAGGCCGGGGAGAGUCAACUUGAGGUGGUGGGACUCGAAUACUCGGUGAAAUCUGGGCGGAAAGAUUGUGAGGAUGAGUAUGACUCUGCUGACACAGAUGAACUCUUUGCAUCUAGAAGAAAUGUCUCUACACUUAUCAACAACGCGAAUGAGAAGGCAAAGAGGAGGAGUGGACCCCUAGAGAAAGAGGAGAAAGUAAAGGCCCCCCUUCCUCUUCAGACUUUUUCAUUCAAAGAGGAUUUUGAUUUGGGGGAGAAAAGAAACAAAUCGAGAGUCCUGCCUGUGCUUCAAUCCUCCUCUGUGUCGCAUAGUGAUGACGAGGAGGAGGAGGAGGAGGAGUCUGAAGGAUCCUGCUCAGAUUCUGAAUAUGAAGCCAUGUUCUCACACGGCACUUGUCUGGAGAUGUCGUUCGCAGAUCUUCAGAAACUUGCUGAGGAUGCCUCGCAGAGCUCAGAGACGGCCUGUGAUCGCGGGUCUGAAGAAAACCCAGAGCUCGCACCCGGCCCUGAAGAGUGGCCUGCGCUCAAGAAGGGCAUCUCCCCUGAAGAGAUCCUCGCCGCCAUCCUGGAGGAGAGCACCAGCGACGAAGACGGGCAGAACGAGAGAAAAAAACCUGAAGGCGUGUCGUUGCCAGCCUUCCAGGGAACCAAAUCACUGAAGGAAAUGGACAAUACUCUGACAAAAGAAAAGGAUGGAAGAGGAAUGGAGGUUAAAAAGCAGAUGCAGAUCUCUGAAGCUCCACAGAUGAACACCAGAACAUCAGGGACAGAAAGACAGGAAGGCGAGAAGAAGGCUUUAUUGCAAGUUGGAAAAAGGACUCUUCACAAAGUCCUCACAGCAUCAGAGUCUUCCUCCUCCAGUGACGAAGAGGAAAAGGAAGAGGAGAGGACAACAGGCCGGCAGGCUAAUGUUGCAGAAAAGCUUUCAGCAGAGAUUUUCUCUGAAGAAGACAGAGGGAAGAUCUUCCCUGAUGAAGGUUCUGUGGAAGCAGUGCCUCCACCUUUUCAUCGGAAACUGAAUGCUGGGAAAGAGGAGGAGCUGCAGAGGAAGGCCAACCUGAGGCGGCUGUCUGCCCUCCAGCAGAAACAGAAAGAGGCUGAAGAGCAGAAGAGGCUCAUUCAGGGAGCUUUGGCCAAUCUGGAUGCUCCACCUCCAAAAGCAGGCAAACGCGUCGUUUUUGACUCUGAUGAUGAAAACAAUGAAGAUGAAGAAGAGAAAAAGAGUUGGGCAGCAAGUUCAAAGAAGAAACUCCAGGACAUCCAGUCAGAAGAGGAGGCGGUGUGGAGCAGAGCAGUAGCCAAUCAGAGAGCCACAAAGGACAAGUUUACAGGCCCACAACUGUUUGACAGCAGUGAGGAAGAGGACAGCGCUGAAGAGGAAGAUAACGGAUUUCACAUUCGGCCUCAGUUUGAGGGUCAGGCGGGACAAAAGCUGAUGGCGCUGCAGCAUCGCUUUGGAACUGAUGAGCGGUUUCGGAUGGACGAGCGCUUUCUGGAGGAAGAGGAAGAGAUGGAGGCAAAUGGAAGCCUGACUGUGGAAGAUGAGGCCCUGGAGGAGGAGAAGAAGAAUAACCUGUCUAUUCUUCAAAACGUCCUUGGAAGUAGCAAACAACCCAGCAGCAAGACGCUCUUAAAAGCUGCAAAGUUCAGAGAUGUGUCCACACUACAUUAUGAUCCCAGCAAAGAAGAACACUCUGCGUUUGAGACCAAAACCAUCAAAAGUACUGAGAGCAAAAGCGCCAGGAGGAAGAAGAGAGAAGAGGCUCAGAAGCUUCCAGAAGUUUCACCUGAGAUCUUUUACCAAGUCUCCAGCGACCUGAAGGGUGUGUUUGGUCAGACGAAAGAAGACCUCUCUAAUCCAGAGAAGACCAACUGGGACCAAGUGAAGGAAGAGGAGGACAGAGGAAAGGCGGAAGAGCUGCAGUCGUCUCUGCUCUCAGAAGAUCCCACUACCACGAAAGAGGGAUCAUCUGGAUUUAAAUUUUCUUUCUUUGGGGUUGACGCUGAGGCAAGCGGCAGAGAGACCACUGAAUACAAAGUGGAGAGCAUCCAGGCUCCAAAGGUGUCAUGGCAGCAAAACCAAUGUGUCCAUGACAGCAGCUCUGAUGAGGAGCAGGAGAGGCAAAGCACUGCAUCCACUGAAACAGAAGAAACUCCCAUAAAGUCGAUGGAUUUGUUCUUCUUCUACCCUGGUGACACCAGACUGAAAGAAGGUCCAACGUUGUUCUGCCGCUCCAGCCAGCUAGAGGAGCAGAGGGAGGAGUGGGAGGAGAGGAGGACCACGCUCAGACGGGAGGUUCGGAAGAAGCACAAAGAUGCACAAAGGAAGCUGAAAGCUGCACCUAAGAGCUGAGGGUUCUGGGAAAAGGUUUCCUUCCAUUCAGUGGGCUGGACAGCAGAGCCGACUUCUCUGUCAGAUGUAAUGUUUGGCCUCAGCUGGAGGCUGAGGAUGGUGAACCUGAGUAUCUCACUGUGGACAAUGCUUUGUGCUGGGAGCAUUUGAGAGGCAUUUGUUUGUUACCUCUGAGCAGAAUGAGAUGCCGAAGCUUUGAUCAAACCCACAAAACAAAACUGGCUUUAACUAUAAACUGUGCUCUUUGCAGGAUUCACUUGCUGGUCUUCACAAAGCACAACUGUUCAAGAAUCUGCUUUUGUUUGUUAAAGAGAAUACUGUCAAUAAGAAACAUGCAUAUCUUAAAAUAAAAAAUGUGAAUACAACAGUUUACAUUUGA